CAAUUGGUAUUAUUGAGAAUAACUUAUUCGUGAUUGAGAUAUCGAUCUUAUUUUGUGUUGACAAUGUUAAAAUUAAUAGUGACAUUUUCAAUGUACUGCCUCUUAGCUACUGGGUCCGAUCAAGACUAUCAAUUGCAUAAAAAUUGGCCAAAACAAAUGGAAAGAGGAUGUGGAGAAACCUAUGCUGAUCGCAUUGUUGGCGGAAAAUAUGCAAAGCUGGGUCAAUACCCAUGGAUGGCACAACUUUUAUAUAAAGAACGCAAUGAUCAAUUGAUAAGUUUGUGCGGAGGUUCGUUAGUAACACCAUUUCAUGUGAUUUCGGCGGCACAUUGUGUACACGGCAAAGAACUUGCUUCAAAGCUUGAUUCGGUUGGUUUGGGCGACUAUGACAUUAAAACCGAUCCCGAUUGUGAAGAGGAUAUUUGUGCCGAACCAAAACAAGUGAUUAAAAUAGCAAAAGUCAUUAUGCCCGACACAUAUAGUAUGGAAACUAUGAAGGAUGACAUUAGUGUCCUCAUUUUGGAGAGUCAAGCCAUUUUAAAUGGAUGGGUAAAUGCAAUUUGUUUGCCGACGGGACGUGAACAAAUUGGUGGCGGUGGUGGUGUUGGUGAAGUGGCCGGAUGGGGUAUUUCUAAUAUAAAAACACGAAGUUCUGAACACAUUUUGAAUUAUGUGAAGUUACCAUUGUUGGACAUGGAUUAUUGUCGUGAUCAGACUAAGUUGCCAGUUAGUGGUAAAACUCAGUUAUGUGCUGGUAGCACAAACUUGAACCAAGAUUCAUGUAACGGUGAUUCCGGCGGACCUCUGAUGCAAAUUGCAAAUAGUAUUAAUGGUGGGCCAAGAUACUAUAUUACCGGUAUUGUUUCUUAUGGGCCAAUUGCAUGUGGUAUUGCACCAGCUGUCUAUACAAAAGUUUCUAGUUAUAUGGAUUUUAUUUUGAAUGCAAUGCAUUGAUAUAUCAAAAACAAAUUACAUUAAAUUCACAAUUCAUGAAUAAAAUUAUUUGCAAACGUGCA